AUGCUCUUCUCCAAUGCACUUACGGUGCUCGCCUCUCUCGUCAGCCUUUCGCAGGCCUUCGAGAUGAGCUUUCCGAACAGCAAUGGUGGCUAUUGGGUGACCAACUACACCAACACGCUGAACUGGAAAGCCAACUCUUCGGACGCUAGCUUCUUUUCGGUACAGCUGCUGAACUCGAACAACAGCCAGCUCAAUGGCAACUUUCAGGUUGGCAACGCGCUUACCACCGAGAACGGCACGGCUCAGAUCUUCAUCGACCAAAUCCCAAGCGGCACUUACACCCUGCUGUUCGUUAACAGCAGCAACUACGAGCUGGACCGACCUCAGGUGUACUACACGUCGAGCUCAUUCGAGAUCAAGCCCAACGGCACUCAGCCUGCCGAGGUGACGGCCAACACCAACGCUGAUCCCAGCAGCUCGUCCACCACGACACCCAACGGCCCGACCCAGACGCUUUCGUCCGUGUCCAACAGUCAGACUGGCCGCCCUAACAACGGCAACAACAGCAACGGCGCUGUGGGCUCGAACAAGGGAGCUGCAGUCGCACUUGCAGGCACGGUGGCAUCGGUGGUGCUUGGCUUGGGUGUAGGACUGCUUGCUUGA